AGAUUCUUAUUCCGUGGUUUCUCGUUGGCAAUAUCGGACGAAAAGUGGGUGUUGCUUCCGUCUCCCGUCACGUCUCGUUCGUUAACUCGUAAUUGCUCGGGGUGUCAUAUUACGAAGACGAUUACGAAGAAUCGUGAACGAAACUCUCGCAGACUAAAUCAUCCUCCAGGAAUCAUGUAUUGAUUUUGACUCUAUAGGCUAACACUAGCCUUUGUUCAAAAUGAUAGGAGGUUUAUUUGUUUACAAUCAUAAGGGGGAGGUACUGAUCUCCCGAGUGUAUCGGGAUGACAUUGGCCGAAAUGCAGUGGAUGCAUUUCGUGUGAAUGUAAUUCAUGCACGACAGCAAGUACGCUCGCCAGUAACCAACAUUGCUAGAACAUCAUUUUUUCAUAUAAAGCGUGCUAAUAUUUGGUUAGCUGCUGUCACCAAACAAAAUGUUAACGCAGCUAUGGUAUUUGAAUUGCUGUUGAAGAUCAUAGAUGUUAUGCAGUCGUAUUUUGGCAAGAUAUCAGAAGAGAAUAUCAAGAACAAUUUUGUGCUUAUUUACGAGCUGCUCGAUGAGAUACUCGACUUUGGAUAUCCACAGAAUUGUGAUACAGGAGUAUUGAAAACAUUUAUCACUCAGCAGGGAGUAAAAUCGGCCACCAAGGAGGAACAGGCUCAAAUAACAUCGCAAGUCACUGGUCAAAUUGGAUGGAGACGAGAGGGCAUUAAGUACAGGCGCAAUGAACUCUUCCUAGAUGUGCUUGAAUAUGUGAAUUUAUUGAUGAGUCCUCAAGGCCAGGUUCUUAGCGCACACGUUGCUGGAAAGGUUGUAAUGAAAUCCUACUUGUCUGGUAUGCCGGAAUGCAAAUUUGGAAUUAACGAUAAGAUCGUCAUGGAAUCUAAGGGCAUGAAAGGAGGCAGCGGACUUGGCGGUGGUGGCGAUGAUCCAACAGGCGCCAGAUCCGGCAAACCGGUUGUCGUUAUUGACGACUGCCAAUUCCAUCAGUGCGUUAAACUUAGCAAAUUUGAGACCGAACAUUCCAUUAGUUUUAUACCACCGGAUGGUGAAUUUGAAUUGAUGAGAUAUCGUACCACGAAAGAUAUAUCAUUACCUUUCCGUGUAAUACCAUUAGUGCGCGAAGUAGGUCGAACGAAGAUGGAGGUCAAGGCGGUUCUAAAAUCAAACUUCAAGCCAUCAUUGCUGGGACAGAAAAUAGAAGUACGCGUGCCAACGCCAUUGAAUACUGCCGGUGUGCAGUUGAUAUGUUUAAAAGGUAAGGCAAAGUACAAGGCAUCGGAGAAUGCAAUCGUAUGGAAGAUCAAGCGUAUGGCUGGCAUGAAGGAGACGCAAUUGUCCGCUGAAAUCGAUCUGCUAGAGACGGACACGAAGAAGAAAUGGACGAGACCGCCGAUAUCGAUGAACUUUGAGGUUCCGUUCGCGCCAUCCGGUUUUAAAGUGCGCUACUUGAAAGUAUUUGAGUCCAAAUUGAAUUACUCUGAUCAUGAUGUGAUCAAAUGGGUUCGCUACAUAGGACGCAGCGGCUUAUACGAGACACGAUGUUAAUAGCUGAACAAUGUCAAGGCAUAAAUAAUUGUAAAGAAGUAAUUUCAAUGCAGAAAUUGCGACUGAGUAUCGAUAUCGGAUACUUCUCGAUAUUAUUUCAUUAUAGUACAUAUUUGAAGCGAAAUAAUCUGAAAAUGUUGGAAUGUUUAAUUACGAAUUAUACAUGGCACAUAGCGAAACUGUGAACAAUAUAUAUAUAUAUAUCGAAAGGAGAAUUCCAUUAUAUUA